AUGGUAGGGAUUAAAAGGACGUCGUCUUUCGGCGAUAUCACGUCUAUGCCACUGAAAACCCCGGUCUCCCGCUGCGUCUUUAGGGAUGUAGACCGGCCAGGGCCAAACGCUUCAAACAUAUCGUACAAGUUUGAUAGGCUGACUAUCAAAUCCCCCGAUUCUGGAUUCCCUCCACCUAAAAAAUCACGCAUCGCUUACUAUUUGCUCACCGGUGCCUCCAAGAUCAAACUUACUUCGUAUCCCUUCUCCGUUGGAUACGGCUCCAGUUUUAGCUACAAUCUGCACAAUUCAAAGGAUACCCAGUCCGCUGAAGAAAGGGAAUUGUUUAGGCUCUACAUAAAUGCAAACUAUACUCUGGACCUAAUAACGCUAAACACCUACGUUCUGGUUAACGGACAUAAAGUGGAGCGUUGUAUAACGCUGGUGCGUGGAGAUAUUAUCGUCAUCCCUAAUUCUGACAUAUCUAUCAAACUGUACUUAGAGUAUGAACCGGCACAGGAUAUAAGGGAAACCGCGUUAAUAAAGGCGCCCAUUUACUCGCAAGAGCCCGGGAUGACCCUAGUAUACGUAUUCGCCAUAUAUGGCGCCUCCUGUGACUCGGAGCGUAUUCGCCAACGGAGUUUGACGGUCAAUAAGAUGCAGUUCAUAACUCCGGUGGCCGAUUUUACAUGCAAAUUUGGCAGGGAAACGCCACAUUCCAGUGCAAAUUCGACCCCCGUUUGUACUAGCAGGGCCCAAGAACUCUCUUCUCUCUCACUGCCCGGAUCUCCCGCGAUAAAAAUUCAUAUGUCUUCAAGUAUGGCUGUUAGGACUCCAGAUAAAGCAGCGUCCAUCGACGCGGAUAGUUGCGAAGCUUCAUGCUCAAGCGCCUAUAAAACUCUAUUUUCAAGUGAAGCUACCCCAAGUCCCACCCAUCUGCUAUGGUCCACAUACAUGCGGGAGAGGAUGCAGGAACAGGAAGAAAAGGUGCUCAGUACAUCCCCUUCCAUUGUUUCCGGUCGAUCGGCUGCUGAAUAUUUCACCUGUCUUUCGGUCCCCAAAACAGCGACUUUAGGCGCACUAAAGGCAGAGUUUGAUAAGCAGCUGGAGCCCAUGGGCAUUUGCAGCAGGUAUUCAGUGCAUGCCGAAUUAGGUAAGGGCAGUUUGGAUGACCGACUGGAGAAUUUUUGGGUGUUCCAACUUGAGCGUCUGGAUGUGGAAUGUGAGCACAAGGCGCCUAUGACGGCGCUAAAAUUGGCGAGGAUACAGCCAAUUCAGCAUGCUAGGGUAGUAUAUAUUCACUUUUAUUGA